AUGUCUGGUAAAUGUUGCGUGGUGACCGGAGGCAGGGGCUUUGCCGCCAGGCAUUUGGUGGAUAUGCUCAUCCGAUCAGACAAGUUCCUCGUUCGGAUCGCUGAUCUACCUCCCGCCAUCGACCUCUCCCCGGAGGAGGAGAAUGGAGACCUUGGUCGUGCAUUGGAAUCCGGCCGCGCUUCCUACGUCUCUAUGGAUCUCCGCAACAAGCCCCAAGUCCUCCAAGCUCUUAAAGGAGCUGAGGUUGUUUUCCACAUGGCGGCCCCGCAUUCAGGUAUCAACAACUACCAGCUCCACUAUUCAGUCAACGUGGAAGGAACCAAGAACGUGAUUGAUGCUUGCGUCGAGCUUAAAGUGAAGAUCCUAAUCUUCACUAGCUCUGCUAGUGUGGUUUUUGAUGGGAUUCAUCCAAUCUUCAAUGGAGAUGAAUCAUUGCCGUAUCCACCCAAGCCUCUUGAUUCCUACUCUGCGACUAAAGCAGAAGCAGAGGCUGCUGUCCUUAAGGCAAAUGGUACUAAUGGGCUUCUUACUUGCUCCUUACGUCCUAGUAGCAUAUUUGGUCCUGGAGAUAAAUUGUUUAUUCCUUCUCUUGCUGAGUCGGCGAGGGCUGGCAAAUCCAAGUUCUUAAUUGGUGAUGGCAAUAACGUCUACGACUUCACGUAUGUUGAGAAUGUGGCACAUGCUCACAUAUGUGCUGAACAAACUUUGUCAUCAUCAGGGGAGGCUGCAGAGAAAGCUGCAGGGCAGGCAUAUUUUAUAACCAACAUGGAGCCUAUCAAGUUUUGGGAGUUCACUGGAAAUGUUUGUGCAGGUCUUGGUUAUGAGAGGCCAAGGAUCAAGGUUCCUGCUAUUGCUGUAUUGCCAGUUGCUCAUGCAAUUCAGUGGGCAUAUAAUCUACUCGGCACAUAUGGGAUGAAGCUCCCAGUGUUGAUUCCUUCAAGAAUUAGGCUUCUUUCUGGCAACCGAUCAUUUAGUUGUGCAAAGGCUCAUGAACGUCUUGGCUAUACACCAAUUGUAUCACUCGAGGAUGGUUUGAAAAGGACUAUUGAGUCAUUUUCACAUCUUAAUGCUGAGAAUCAACCUAAAAGAGAAGGGCAAUCUAAGGCUUCAUUAUAUCUUGGAAAUGGAAAAGUCGCUGACACACUACUUUGGAAGGAUACCAAGAAGACACUCAUCGUGUUGCUAGUUCUAAUUGGGAUUUACUACAGUUUCAUUUCGUCUAAUGCUACCAUUAUUACUGCGACUUCAAAGCUUCUCUUGAUGGCAGCAAUUUUUCUAUUCGUCCACGGCAGAUUACCUGAGAAAAUAUUUGGGUAUAAAAUCGAAAAGAUCCAUCCGUCUGAUUUUUACUGGACUGAGAAGAAGUCUUACCAAGUUGCUCAUGUAUUAGCUUCGUUCUGGAAUGCCGGGAUCAACAUUCUAGAAUCUCUUUGCAAAGGGAAGGACUGGUUGCUUUUCCUCGAGGUUGUCUUGUCGCUGUUGAUCAUUGGCUUCAUAGGGACCAUUUCCCUUCACUCAUUGUUUGUAAUGGGAGUUCCCACAACAUUUUUAGGGUUCUACUUGUACGAAAGGAACGAAGAAGCGAUUGAUGGUUUGGUGUCGGAUGCUCUCUCUUACGGAUAUAAAUUGAAAUCUCAAAUCAUCCACAAAGUAACUAGUCCAAAACUUGACUAA